ACUAUUGGCCAGACGGCGUCCAUUACGCAAGGUCGGAAAAGCCGGAUUUCCGGAUUUAUCCGGAAGAAUCACACCCUUGACUGGUAGAAGGACCACCUGACAGUUAGGCUGUAAAAGAUAUGGUCUACGUAGCUCUACAUCAAAAAACUGGGGGUGAAGACAUAUUCAAAGAGUACAAUGCGACCAAAGGCCUUUCUGAUCAAACAAGAAGGAAACUCGUCAACAUCCUGGUGGCAGAUAUGAUUGAGUCAUGGCAACCUUUUAGGAAUUGGGGUUGUAUGGUCUACUUCAUAACUGAAAUACUUGUCAAAAUAUCCAUUCUCUGUUCUCAAGCUUUUACACCAGCCAUGUUAAAUUUAUUUGAACUACAUUUCAAACUGACCCUAUCUUGCUAUGGUGUAGGAGGGUCCCACCAAUCAAUGUCCGCGUGACCUAUGCCCUUGGAAUAGUCACCCUUUUCCCCCAAUUUGAAGGACACGGCUUCACCAACUGGUUAUGAACAUUACUACAAUCCUCACAGUGGCCAAGGUUACCUGGUUUACAGAUUGAAAACGGUUCAGCGCAAUACCACAAGUGACUUCAAGAGGAGCUCCAAGUCUGCUGAACAACAUGGCCCUAAGACCCUGCGUGAGACAUCAACAUCUGAGCAGCUGUCAGGUGAUGAAUGCAGAGAAGCGAUGUCAGUGAUGAAGCAUUCAGCGGACCAACCAGUCAUUAAGGAGAAAAUGAAGGCAACCUUCAAGCACCGUCAGAGUAUGCUACACGAUCCAGACCAGUCUUCAGGCAUCCUAGAUGUCUUCCCCCGAUUCUUGGAUACACCAGGCUUGAUUAACCAAGACUUCACAAUGCUAUUUGGAGAAGACGUCCCGGGCAAGUUUAUUGCAAAAUGGCCAACGUUCUACAAACCUAGGAUUAUCACUGUCUGCAAAGGCCUUCGCCCUGGUACUCAUGUGGAUGACCUUUGGUCUGCUCAAGAAGAAUCGAAUGAUUACGGUUGGGACAGUGACUUGGCAGCUAUCCUCCUGCUCGUUCAUCUCUUGCCUCCAACCGCAAAAGGACAAAGACAUGGGAAAAUCAGUGCCACUGAAGCUACUGACCAUGUGGUCAAGUUCAUGAAGGUGGGGACAAGCAUGGUGACAUUCCUUGAAAGAGUUGGAUCAGCACAGCCCUUCCUCCUCUGUGUUGGACAAAAGAAGAGUAGUAUCCAGAAGUUUUACGUCAUCCUCGAUCAGAAGGCCAUUCCCUGCGUGGCGCAGACAGCUGUGGCUGCCUUCGACGAACUGUUUAAGGCCCACUUCGUCUUUGCUGUAUCCUACGAUGAGGCCUUGUGCAACUUCUACACUUUCCUUCAGACUACAAUGUAUGGGAUUGACGUCGGCACUACAAAAGAGAGUCCACGGGUCAAGGAAAUCCGGGCAAAAGUUGAUCAUACUGAGGUUUGAAAAUGUUCACCUGUUACAUUUGCAAGGUACAGCACAAAAGU